AUCAAGAAACGCUAUUAGAAGUGAACCGGGAAAACCUAAAAAUAAUUUGGCCUUGAACCCGGGAAACUAAAUUUCCUUUUCCCUCUGAAAGUCUCGAUAUUUUCUUAAGUAUAGCUCAGAGAACUCAAAACAAGCUCUCUUACAUUGUCUCGCUCGAUUCACUCUCUCACUCGAUUCAAUCUCUCACUCGAUUCAAGCUCUCUUACAAUCUCUCAUAUCAUUCGAUUGAAGCUCUUUGUGUUUACGGGAUCUACUCGAUUGGUGUUGCAUCUCUGUAACUAUAAACGGAAGAUUUCGGCUUAUUUUGUCACGGUCAAAGAGAGCUUACUAUACAAUCUCCUGUUUUCAGGACUCUCAUCGAUGAAGUUCUUCUCCGAUCAAAACCUCUCUUACGCUGAUAUUCUUCUCCCUCACGAAGCUCGUGCUAGAAUCGAAGUCUCUGUUCUCAAUCUCCUUAGAAUUUUAAAUUCCCCUGAUCCAGCUAUCUCUGAUCUCUCCCUGAGCCAGUGUGGGUGGCUUGAGCUCUGGGUACAAAAACAGUGUGGCUUGAGCUCUGAGUUGCUGAAAAUUCUUGAAGGCUUGUCUCCUAAUGUUCCACUCUACAAAAUGAAUGAAGGGAACGAGCCAUGCUUCUUCACCACUUACUUUUGUUGGGAUCCCACUAAAGCAAUCGCACAAGGAAACUCAUUCCAGAAAAAGGCAGUGUUGUUAUUUGGCACUCACCACGUUGUGGAGGAUAAGUCUAACGGUGGAAACCAAGGACCAAGGCAAAGGGCUGAAGCACUAGCUGCCUUAAAUUCUGCUUCAACAACUUACCACGUGCGAAAUAGUGGAAACCAAGUUCAGAAAUUCAGACUAUUGAUGAUGCAUUAGGUAGUCUUGUGGCUUGGCCUAGUGAUAAACUUCUUUUUAUGUGAUGAUGUUUGAAAAAACUUGUUGUGGUAGUAGAGAACCUUAGUGUGUGGAUGUUGCCUUAGUAGAGAAACUUGUUGUGUUGACUUUUAUGUUAUGUUUGGAUUAAUGUUAUGUUUGGAUUUUAU